CUUCGUUUUUUGUGUCUUGCUGCUCGCUCCCCGCGGCCUUUUUUGCACCGGUCCAAUCCCCCUGUCACCAUGGCGGGUAAUGGCUCGCCAGAUGUACAAAUGCUUGCGCCUCCGGCUGUCACUGCCAUCAAACAGCAGGUGGCCCACAAUGCCGACCACAAGGCUUCCCCCAUGAUCCGUUCCCUUACGGACGAUAUGCGGGAAGAACGAGAAGAUUUGAAAGAAGCUGCGGAGCAGACGUUGAACGUCAUCGCCGACAUUGAUCUUGAUAGUCGUGUCAAAUGGGUCAGUCCGUCAUGGCGACAGGUCGUGGGCACUCCCCCCGAGUCGGUCGAGGGCCGGUUGAUCUCGGACCUACUGGUCACUCACAAGGACGUGUUCCACAAUGCGAUCGAGUCGAUGAAGGAGGAUGAUUCACGUAGUCGUUUCAUUCGCUUUGCGGUACGUCUGGGUCCGGAGUCUGUCUUGAGACAUUCCCCAGAGAAGCGACCAGUGGAAGGUGCGGAGACCGAAACAAGUCAAGGAGAGAAGCAUGUGGACAAGGCGGAAAUACAGUCGACAGCAGACGAAGAUCGCGAUUAUGACAUACUCAAUAUGGAGGCGCAAGGGAUUAUGGUAUUUAAUCGUUCCGCCGAUGGAAAGGGCCAUACCAUGUGGAUGCUGCGGCCAUUUAACGAGCCCCGGGAAGUCACAAUUGAUCUUCCUCCGCUGUUGGUGGAGUCCCUGGGCGUUGGAGCAGAGGUGUUGGCGAAUUACCUGACCUCACUGGCUGAGGCCGCUGCAAACGAACCCGAUCACUCCAAGCAUCCUACCCCAAACCCAGUAUUAUGUCGCAUCUGCGAGCGUCAGAUCACCCCUUGGUGGUUCGAGAAGCACUCAGAGCUCUGCCUCCAAGAACACCGAGCCGAGAUGGACGUUCAAAUCGCACAGGAGAAUCUCAACGAACACCGCCAUGCAAUUGUUAAGGUGUUAGAUGCCCUGGAGGCUCGGCAAAACAGACAUUCUAUGGGAGACAGUGGCAGUCCCAUCCCGGGUCCUCAGCCGGAGUACAAGGGCUUGCCGAUUGGGCCGUCACCAGGCUCCUCUGGGCCCUCAUCGGGAAACGUGUCCAGCGCCAGUUCCGUUGCUGGCACUCCGCCUCGAUCGAGAGAGCAUUCGCUUUCGAGUGUCGGACAUGGUAGGGGGCGAUCAACCUUUGCGGUUCGUCGGCCCUUGGCUCGCAUCGUGGAGCUGAUACUCGAUCUGUGUGACACUGCGUUGGAGAUCAGCACCCCGACCAUCAAGGAAACCCGAACUGAUAAUGAUGACUUUCGCACUCUAUCACCCCAGUCCGAGUCUCGGAUCUCCCAGGUUCUCCAAUGGCAGUCCCCUAGUUCAAACACCUUGGAUCAGGAACAAGGACUGGCGGCACUGGCUGCAGAUACGGAGCUAGCCGCCAAGGCCAAGGUUGAUGCGGUCAUCCGCCAUCGCAAAAUCGUUGAGUACGCAGAGCGAAUACGGAUCGAAUACAUGGUAUUAGUCGAUGAAUGUAUUACAGCUGCCCUUAGCAAGGCAGAACGCAUUGCGGCCGGCCAACUAACCGACUCGUCGUCGUGCUCCUCGGACGAGGAGGUCGAGACCACCGGCGAAGUUGCGAACCUUGCGCAUAGCACAAGUCAGGAACAGGCAUUGCCUUCGGCGUCUGCAUUGACAAUGUCCAUACGCAACUCGCAGAAUCGUUUUGGUCAGGCUCAGUCGGACAGUAGGUGGUCGUCACAAGCCGUGUCCACAGCGUCGAACAGCCCAAUGGAGUGUCCUACUCCCCGGUCUCACCGGAGUGUUGCCGUCAUAUUGGGUACUUCACAAUCAUCCAGGCGUAACCUGCUUUCAGAGAGCGAUGCGGGAGAAACUAGUGACAGCAGUAUCCCUUCGUCCAUCAUUCCCGGCGCAUUACGUACGGAAUCUCCAUCAUCCGAAAGGAGCCUGGAAAGAAAACGCAGAAGUUUGGUCCUCACCGGCUUGUCAAGUUCACCCCGGCGGCAGUUGUCCCCUGCGCGUGCCUCCGUUCCACACUCGCCGUUACGCAUACCCAAGCCCCGUCUUUCCAUCGGUGCUGAGAGCCUCCCUUCUCCCGUGCCAUCGCCGUCUGCAAGCACCAAUGAAAUACCACACCAUUACCACAUCCAUCAUCGCCGGCAGUCUUCGACUGCGUCGUCAGAUGCCGCUAGGCCGCCUCCUUCACCCCGCUUGUCCUCGGUCAGCCAGCCUCAGCCUCGGCCAGCACCCCCAUCCAUCAAGGAUUUUGAAAUCAUCAAACCAAUCAGUAAAGGUGCAUUUGGUAGUGUCUACUUGUCUAAGAAGAAGACGACAGGUGAAUAUUUUGCAAUCAAAGUGCUCAAGAAAGCAGACAUGAUUGCUAAGAAUCAGGUUACCAACGUCAAGGCCGAGCGUGCAAUCAUGAUGUGGCAAGGGGAAAGCGAUUUUGUUGCGAAGCUAUACUGGACAUUUUCUAGCAAGGAUUACCUCUACCUGGUCAUGGAGUAUCUCAAUGGGGGGGACUGUGCGUCCCUGGUGAAGGUUCUAGGCGAGCUUCCCGAGGACUGGGCCAAAAGCUACAUUGCUGAAGUGGUGUUGGGAGUUGAGCACCUCCAUAACCGGGGGAUAGUUCAUCGUGACCUCAAACCCGACAAUCUCCUUAUCGACCAAAAGGGCCACUUGAAGCUGACGGAUUUCGGGUUGUCCCGCAUGGGUCUUGUUGGACGCCAGAAACGCAUGCUGAAGAGCCACAAUAAUGAGCCGGCUCCUGACCUUCUCAAACAGGGACCUUUUCCUCGAGCCACCUCCAUUUCUUCGUCCCGUUCUGCAUCGUUUGACUACCAGGGCUCUCCGGGGUCGACUCCGCUUAUAGCGCCGGAGAUAGCCGGCAGCUACAAUCAACCCACGUAUUUCAAUCUCAAUUAUAGUGGUCUCAGUAGGCAGAAUUCUCGACGAGCGUCGGAUUACCGAAGUGAAAGUGGAGCGAGUGAUAGCUUCAACGGGCCGUACCGAACUUUCUCUCUCAAUGAAGGCAGCGAGACCCCUGCUCCUUUACCUCUUUUAUUAUCGAAUAGUGCAGCUGAAGAGGAAGGGCAAAGUGAAGCCGGGGAAUCACCGCAUUUGUAUCCCUUACAGCGUACAUUUAGCAAUCAAUCCGCAUCUGUGCCACCUCCGCAACAGCAGCAGCAACAGCCAAUGAUACCACCGCUGAUGGCCCUCUUCGACCCCGAAGAUCAUAGCAGACGCUUCGUGGGUACGCCAGAUUACCUUGCUCCAGAGACCAUAAAUGGAGUGGGCCAGGACGAGAUGAGCGAUUGGUGGUCUCUAGGUUGCAUCAUGUUUGAAUUUCUUUUCGGUUAUCCGCCAUUCAAUGCCGCAACACCUGACGAAGUGUUCGACAAUAUCCUUCAUAGAAGAAUUAACUGGCCUGAUAGCCCGGAAGAGAUUGUGUCUCUCGAAGCCAUAGAUUUGAUGAAUAAGCUCAUGACCAUUAAUCCCCAGGAGCGACUUGGAGCUAAUGUUGACGAGAAGUUCCCGAAUGGAGGCGCUGAGAUUCGCAGUCAUCCUUGGUUUGCUGAUAUUAAUUUCGACACACUGCUGGAAGACAAGGCCCAGUUUGUUCCCAAUCCGGAGAACCCUGAAGAUACCGAUUACUUCGAUGGGCGUGGUGCGACUCUCCAAGCAUUUACUGAAGAGAUCGAGGACCAGCAGUCCACUCCGCCCCACCCAGCGACUACGGGAUCAUAUCCAGAUCGUCCGCAUGACGCCUUAUUUAAAGUCCGCUCCCAAGUCAACGCAAUCAAACGACCUUUGAUGCCUUUGCAUAUCCCACCGCACGUCCGUGAUUCCCGUAGUAGGCGAUUAAGCGAACCAGUCAUAGCAGAUGACUUUGGCAACUUCACUUUCAAAAACCUUCCAAUUCUCGAGAAGGCGAACAAGGAUGUGAUUCAAAAGCUUCGCCAGGAAGCCCUGCAGGCACAGCAGCGGCAGUCGUCAUCUGCACCUCCUGCACCUCCCGUCUCGAGUGGGCCGUCCCUUGAAGGCAGUCCAUUGCCUGGAUCCUUACACCGGACCGUGUCACAGAACAAGGGUAAUAAUCGGCCCUCGUCUCCGUCAGGCCUUAGCCAAGCAAACUCAUCGCCAAGUCGCCCUUCUCAGCCCUCCUCUCCGCUUCUCGUUCAAUUCAGUACUGGCCAGAACCAUGAGCGUCGUAAGACAUCUGGUUCUUCCUCAGCUGCCAAUUCACUCCAGUCGAGCGGAUCCACACAGCCUGCGAAUGGGGACCAGAGCCGCGUGUCUAAUAUUAGACUUGGUUCAACUGCUCCAUCUCCUGUCAGAACGGGCCGGGCUGCACCGAACUCGCCUGAUAAAACACCUUCAGGCAAAGGACCGCAAGGGGGUGCUCUUCCCACUCGGGCAAGGUCACAAACAAUCGGAUCGCAAGAUGGAGAAUUCUCAUCCUCCCUCCCCAAGGACUCAUUUGUACCAGGCCAUUAUAAACGUCGAAGUCAACUAGUUGACAUCUCUCCCUCCUCGUCGGACAACGAAGACCCACGUACAAAGGCCCUCUUGAAGGUACAACGUCGACGACAAAGUUCAAGGCGACUAUCUCAGAUCAACCUUCCUGAAGGGCCUUUCUUUCGGCCAUUGGAUGUGCUUAUCUGUGAAGAUCAUCCAGUUUCCCGAAUUGUGAUGGAGCGUCUGUUUGAGAAGCUUCGGUGCCGAACGAUUACUGCUGUAAACGGUGCGGAGGCCAUGCGAUAUGCACUGAGUGAAGUGCAAUUCGAUAUCAUCAUGACCGAGGUCAAGAUUCCUCAGGUAAAUGGAGCCGAUUUUGCACGAAUGGUGCGAGAAACACGCAGUGUCAACAGACAUACUCCCAUUAUAGCAGUGACUGGUUAUCUCAAAGAUCUACCAGAAACGCAUCACUUUGAUGCGCUUAUCGAGAAACCACCAACGUUGUCGAAGCUGACGGAAGCACUGUGCAAAUUCUGUCAGUGGAAGCCUCCACCCAAGGACAACGAUUCUCCGCAACCACCGCCCGUGCCAGGCACCUCCGCGCUUCGUUAUCCCGUUCCACGCGCAGAUGACAGUCCGGUUUCGGCCUCGUCGUCUGGCUUCACGCACCUCCCUCCCAGCUUGUACCCGGGGUCUAGUCGUGAGGAUUCGAUUGGCAGCGGCUCCUUUGGCGACGCAGAUUCAAUUAAAGCCGAGGAUGCACCUGUAGUCAUCAGUAAUCCAACUGACGACUGGCCCCAUAGCCACACCGGGUUGGGCUUAUCGGAAGACGUACCUGCAGCUCGGGAAGCCUCAGAGUCCAAACAAGAUUCCAAUAUUGUACCCUUUCCCCCGCUGCUUGAUGCAUCUUCCUCCGCUCCAUCGUCUUUGGGCACUUCUAGUCUUCUUUCUCUUCGGAAGCAACGGUCAAGUGAGGCUGUGCGUGCAAAACGAGAGUCACGGGAGAAGAAACGCUAUGAAUGUGCCGAGUCGGGCGACGAUGAGGAUGAGGAGCUUGGGGACGUUCAGGUGCGAGCUCGCAGUCCACGCCCGAGAGGACAGCGGCCAGGCUCCAAACUGGGUGUUGAGAUGAUGAGGACCAAUAGUCGUGGCAGCGUUGUGUGUGAAGAUUUGAUCAGUCCGGAAAUAGACGAGCUGGUAGAAAAUGCAAAUACAAGUUCCGGGGACAGUCACCACGAGAGCGAAUUGUCGAAGUCUCCAAGUGGCAGAACAGGUUUGGAAGAGAGGUUCCAAGAGCUUCACAUCCCUGAAGAAGCUGUCGCACCCACAGAGGGUGAAACAACACCACAGCCUAUCUUAUCGAGUGUAUCACAGUCAAGAUCUAUAACGGAUUCUUCUCAGAAGCCCGUUUCGCGAGAUGAUCAGCAAGAUGUGUCUGAAUCUGCAUCUCGCUCUCCUACCGGUGAUUCAGGGUCGAAUUCAUCGAAGAAGGGCCAGAUCACACCCCCAGUUCUGUUUUCUCGGGGCACCAGCUCGGACUUGACGUCUGCCAGUCUAGCUAUGCCAGCCAUAACAAUGUCUCUGAGUUCACCGGUGGAUUCGACAUUUGGAGCUGAUGCUGCGGACUCCAACGUGACGCCUCGGGCUUUACCUAGCCCCCCACCUCUUUAAGUAUAGGUUCGGAGAGGACCCCUCGACAUCCUAGCCGUACCUGAAAUGAGGUACAAUUUACCUGACCUGCAUGUUUACAGUUGAUCACUGCUCUUAUUUUAUUUUUCUUGCACGGAGCAUUUGUCUUCUAUUUGCUUCCCUCUCCGGAUUCGCAUUUGCAUGUAUUCUGAAAAUGUCUUUUCCUUUUUUUGUUUUUUUCCCCUUUCGGAUUUCUAGUAUUACCAUGCCUCAGGCUCUCGUUUUUUUUUUUUUUUCUUUUUUUUCUUUUUUCUCUUCCUCUCUUUUUCAUUUUCCUUUGUUCUUGCUAUUCUAAGCGGGUGUUGAGGGGUUUGAUUCCACUUCGGCUUAGGUUAUUACUGCUGGCUUUUGCGGAUUGUCAUUUUAUACCAUUCCUCUUGUCGACUGGACUCUUGUACUUUUCCUUCAACCCUUUUUUUUUUUUUUUUUUUUUCUGCAUCCUCCACUUACGGUAUCACGAUUGACUGGCCGCAAAAGUCCUUCGCUUCUCUUUCUUUCUACCUUUUUAUCUAUUUGCAGGCCAAAGGCAAUGUACGUAGCUGGGAUUGAAGUCCCUUUAGCUUCUGUUUCUUUUUUUCUUCUAUGUUUCUUUCUGGUGCCGUCAGAGAUCUAGAUUGCCGUGACCCUCCAAAAUUAGAC